AUGUGCCUUCACCUGCAGCAGCUGCAGUUGCCUGAUGUUAAUGAUUAUUAUUGUGAUGUAUACUUCGUAACUUUCAAGGCUCAAGACAAGCGUGGUAAGAUUAAAACUUAUCAAGCUAGGGUGACUUUCCUGGAUGAUACCAAUUCAUCGGAUGAUGAUUGCAUCGUCAUUGAUUAUGAAACUGGCAUUGUCAUCGACCAUGAAACUGGCGAAUACUACUCCGAUGGUUACAGAAAAUUUAAUGGCUUUGAUGUCUCUCUCCCUAAACCACCAUCAACAUACGAGGGGCCUCCAGCUAUUGAGUUCUCCUUUACAGAGCUACAACAAUCAUCCAAGAUAUUUGAGUUCUCCUCAAUAGCUACAUUCUCAAGAGGACGCUUUCCCAUCAACACAAUAAGAGCUCACAUCCAAACCCAUCGGGCAAUGGAGUAG